AUGCAGGGCCUCCUUCUCUCCCUUGGCCUUCUGGCCUCCAGCGCUGUCAGCUUUGUUGCUGCUGCCGACCUCAGGAUCGACGUCACCCAGGAGGUCGAGUGCGACCGCAAGACCAAGAAUGGCGACAAGCUCACCAUGCAUUACCGUGGCACCCUGCAGGCCGACGGAUCGCAAUUCGAUGCCAGCUACGACCGGGGAACCCCCUUCACCUUCAAGAUUGGUAGCGGCCAGGUCAUCAAGGGAUGGGAGCAGGGUCUGUUGGACAUGUGCAUUGGCGAGAAGAGAACCUUGACCAUCCCCCCUGAGCUUGGAUAUGGGUCCCGCGGCAUGGGGCCUAUCCCCGCCAGCUCAACGCUUGUCUUUGAGACCGAGCUCGUUGGCAUUGAAGGCGUCCCCAAGCCCGAGAAGAUUGUCAUCAAGGAGAAGGCCUCUCAGGCUGCCGAGGGAGUCGCCGAGAAGGUCGCUAGCAAGGUCGCCGAGGCUGCCGAAGUCGUCAAGACCAUUGUGGCCGACACCGACUCCGACGCCCAGGAGCACAAUGAGCUGUAA